AUGUCACCUCUCAUCAUCAAAACUCUAUUGUUCUUGCCAGUCAUCGUCUGUUAUCAGCUUUACACUAGAUGGAGACUAAGAGCACGAAUACCAACAGAAUGUCAACCUCCUCCGGAACUGCACCGUAUUGAUCCCUUCUUGGGGUUGGAUCUCUUUCGGGAAUCUCUGAAGACACGAAAACAGCGCAAGAUAUUAGAAACAUACGCGAAGCAACAUGAGACUUACGGCAAGACAUUUCAGGCUCUUCGUCUGGGACGAAACAGAAUUUAUACGGCACAUCCAGAAAAUUUGCAAACUAUAUAUGGAACUCAUUGGAAAGAAUGGGUUACAGGCAGAGCUGAUGCCAUGGAACCAUUUUGCGGUCGAGGAUUUGUAACUACAGACGGUGAAGAAUGGCGGGAUCAUCGAACUUUAUUUGCUUCAACUUUGACUGAAGCCAAUACUGUCAAUCUGGACUUGCUCGAUAAGGCUUACGGCGAGUAUAUAGAAGAUUUGUUAUCGAAAGGGGAGACUGUAGAUCUUGCUCCAAUUUUUGACGAAUUGUUCCUGGAUCUAUCACUUCAGUUCUUGCUCGGUGAGCGUCUUGCAUCGACAUACUCCGGGAAUUCACCGAUGGAUAUGCAUACCUUCAAAGAGGCAUUCAACGCCGCACAGGGUUGGAUGGGCAUACGAUUAGCAUUUGGAAAAUUUGGACGCGGCAUCUCUCUCUUUAGUAAUAAAUGGAAAGAGUCAUGUACGAUAGUUCAUUCGUUUGUGAAUCACCAUAUCAACAAUGCGCUUGAGAACUCAGACAUUUCAAAGUCAAAAGAUUCUGCUUCUAGUCUUCUCGAUAACCUAAUAAUGCGAGGAACGGAUUUGGCUGAGAUCCGCUCGCAAAUUAUUCAAGGUAUGCUAGUGACACAAGACACGACGGGAAUAGUUCUAAGUAACACCAUAUUUCUUCUAUCUCGAGCUCCUAACAUAUGGUCACGACUUCGAGAAGAAGUUGCCAGUCUCGGUCUAGUUGAGGGUUGGAAAGCAGCGGAUCUGAAGAACCUGAAACUUCUUCAUAAUUGUAUUAAAGAAUCUCUACGCAUUUAUCCUCUAUUCUACGCAAACAGUCGCGUGGCUACCGCCGAUACGACGCUUCCAACAGGCGGUGGCCCCAACGGUACAGCACCAAUAUUUAUUCCAACUGGCACAAGGGUUAGCACAAACUUCUACACACUCCAUAGGGAGAAAUCGGUAUUUGGCGAGGAUAUCGAAUUAUUCAAUCCCGACCGGUGGAAUCAUAUUUCCCCAAAUAAUUGGGAGUUCAUGCCAUUUAGUCACGGUCCACGUAGCUGUGCUGGUCGGCACAAAGCUUUAGGCGAGGCUUCAUAUAUCAUUGCCAGAAUGGCAGCUCAAUUUGAGCGCAUAGAAAGUCGUGAUGAUAGGCCUUGGACCGAAGAAUUGAAGUUGGUGGCGAAGAAUGGCAAUGGCUGUCAGGUAGCGGUGUAUUUGGCAUGA